UUUUGUCAUCAUUGUUGUUGUUGUUUUCAAAAGACAUCCUAGCCCAAUGGAACCAUAUAAUUUAACAGGUGCCUUGGAAUUCCUGUUACUUGGUCUCUCAGAGGACCCUGAACUGCAGCCCGUCUUAUUUGUACUAUUCUUGCUCAUAUACCUGCUCACUGUGCUUGGAAAUGUGCUCAUCAUCUUGGCCAUCAGCUCUGAUUCCCACCUCCACAGCCCAAUGUACUUCUUCCUCUACAACCUUUCAUUGUCUGACAUGGGCUUCAGCAGCACCACCAUCCCCAAAAUGCUGAUAAACAUGCAGACCCAUAACAAAUCAAUAACUUAUGCAGCCUGCCUAACUCAGGUGUCAUUUUUCACUCUUUUUGUGUGUAUGGACAGCCUACUACUGACUGUGAUGGCCUAUGACCGAUGGGUAGCCAUUUGUCGCCCUCUAUACUACCAAGUCAUUCUGAACCCCGGCCUGUGUAGACGUUUGGUCCUCAUGUUAUUUUUCAUUAGCUUUAUGAAUUCACAGAUACACUACUUGGUAGUUUCACAACUAAAAUUCUGCACUAAUAUGGAAAUCCCUCAUUUCUUCUGUGAUAUUCCAGAGCUUCUAAAACUUGCCUGUUCUGACACCUCUAUCAAUAAUUUAUUCAGGUUUCUUUUAAGCAUCAUUUUUGGUUUUCUCCCUGUCUCAGGAAUCUUUUACUCAUAUUAUAAAAUUAUUUCCUCCAUUAUUAGAGUUCCAUCAUUGUUAGGGAAAUAUAAAGCAUUCUCUACCUGUGGAUCUCACCUGUCAGUUGUUUGCUUAUUUUAUGGAACAGGUCUUGAUGCAUACCUUAGUUCAACUAUUUCUAGAUCAACCAGGGAAAAUAUGCUGGCUUCAGUAAUGUAUACCAUGAUAGUUCCCAUGAUAAACCCCUUCAUCUACAGCCUGAGGAACAGGGCCAUGAAAAAGGCCCUCCAGAAAAUUUUCAGCUGAAUAAUAAAACUUACCUACUUGUAUAACCCUUUAAUAUAUAGUUUCUUAAAUUAUUGGUCACAUAACUG